AUGCAUCGAACCUACUCUAUGCGCGCCUCCAGGGCGCCAACCGCCUCCCAGAUCCAGAACCCCCCUCCACCGCCAUCAUCCACAAAGUCGGGACGUCUCUUUGGUCGCGGCGGAAUUGGAGGGCUAGGCCAUGCUCUACGACGCAACGCCGCCGGCGCCUUUGGGCCCGAUCUCGCCAAGAAGCUCUCCCAGCUGGUCAAGAUGGAGAAGAACGUGAUGCGCAGUCUGGAAAUGGUGGCCAAGGAGCGCAUGGAGGUCGCCCAACAGUUGUCGCUCUGGGGCGAGGCCUGCGAUGAGGACGUGUCCGAUGUCACAGACAAGCUGGGCGUGUUGCUCUACGAAAUCGGCGAACUCGAGGAUCAGUACGUCGAUCGCUACGACCAGUACCGCGUCACCAUGAAGAGUAUUAGGAAUAUCGAGGCGUCGGUGCAACCCAGCAGAGACAGAAAGCAAAAAAUUACCGACCAAAUCGCCCAGCUCAAGUACAAAGAGCCCAACUCCCCGCGCAUCGUCGUUCUCGAACAGGAACUCGUCCGCGCCGAAGCCGAGUCGCUCGUCGCCGAAGCCCAGCUCUCCAACAUAACGCGUGAGAAGAUCAAGGCCGCCUACACCUACCAGUUCGACGCCCUGCGCGAGCACUGCGAAAAAGUCGCCAUCAUUGCCGGCUACGGCAAGCACCUCUUGGAACUCAUCGACGAUACCCCCGUCACCCCAGGCGAAACCCGCCCCGCUUACGACGGCUACGAAGCCUCCAAGGCCAUCAUCCAGGACUGCGAGGACUCCCUUACCAACUGGGUCACGCAAAACGCGGCCGUCUCAGCGAAGCUUUCCACUCGCUCGAGGACGCUGAGCCAGCGCAGGAGGAACAACAUCAAGGCGAGGACGGAAGGUGGCGCAGGACAGGGACAUGACUUGUCGGGCCAGGACGCCCCGCUUAACGAUCGGGACUCGUGGGUGCCGGCGAAUCAGCACAAGGAGGUGGCGGACUAUGAGGUGUCGGAGGAAGAGGAGGACGACGAUGACGAUGAGGAAGAUGAUAUUCAUGCAUCGGGCAGCCACUCCAUGCUGGACGGCGAGAGCGAACAGCAUCAGCGCGGGAGGAACACUGAGCCUGUUGCUGCCUAA